GAUGAGGCCCUAAUAGAGGCUGCAGAAAAGGAAUGGCGCAGAAAGAGGGAGCAUGGGAAAAAUAGGAAUUGCUGUCCUACUGCAUUUGUUUUCCACUCCAAAGUCAGAUGUUAUUGCAACUGGUGACAGUAGCACCACUGUUUCUGCCAGUUACCUCUUCCUCGUCAAAUCCAGUGACUUGGAAGAUGGGCAGAGAGUGGGUGAAACACACAAGGUGUCUUCUCCAGUACUUGCUAUUGACCAUUCUUUUUUUCCAUGGCCUCAAAACGUAUUUAAAGGGAGUCCAUGGUGGAAAAAAGGUUGAAAACCACUGAGUUAAAGAGUUCUAUUUAUAUACCUGUAUUUUUUUUUUAAAUGAUAUGAUAUUAUAUUUGUUUGAACUUCAAGUCUGUAGAAUUUCAAAACCAAAGUAUAGUAGCAUAGCUUUCUUUAUCUUUUGCUCAUUUUUAAAAAUGUGUUUGUCUCACGUUUUUGUUUUUGACAGUUUCCGUGAUUUGAUGAAGCUCUAUCAAAUGUAUUCCAGACUGGGCAAUGGCAACAUUCACCCACCAGUUCAAUUAGAAAACUAAUUUAUCCAAAUAGAGGUAAUAAAAAAUAGAAGUCUUAUGAAAAUGCUUGGAUCAGAACGUGGUGUGGUAGAGGAAUGGCUAUCAGAAUUCAAGGUAUUACCUGAAAUGCAGAUUUCCAAUUAUGCAGCAACACUUCAUCGGAAGAAAAUAUUAGUGCCAGCUCUAUAUAAAGUUAUUCAAGAUCCAAAUAAUGAGUUUCUGGAACCUGUCUGCCACCAACUCUUUGAACUUUACCGUAGUUCUGAGGUUCGUCUCAAAAGAUUCACAUUACAGUUCUUGCCAGAACUCAUCUGGGUUUAUUUGCGUCUUACUGUCAGCAAAAAUAGGCAGAGCAAUGGUUGCAUAGAAGCCCUACUUCUAGGAAUUUACAACUUGGAAAUUGCUGACAAAGAUGGGAAUAAUAAAAUUUUAUCUUUUACUAUCCCUUCCUUAUCAAAACCUUCAAUUUACCAUGAGCCAUCUACAAUUGGAUCCAUGGCUUUGACUGAGGGAGCCCUGUGUCAGCAUGAUCUCAUCAGAGUAGUUUAUAGUGACCUUCACCCUCAAAGAGAAACAUUCACUGCACAAAACAGGUAAGCAAGUGAUGUAGUAGAUCUUACCAUAACAGUCCAAAUAUUUUAAAAGAAAAAUGCUUCUUGACUUUGAAAUGUGACUUUCUGUUUUGUACAUCAUUUUGAAUUCAUUAAUUGAACUCGAAUUGUAUUAUUUUUGUUUGCAUUUGUAUAAAAGAAUUGGAGACUAUUUGUGUUUUUACAUUAAUACCUUUCGCAAUUUUAGUUAUGGCCAGAGACAGAUAACAGAAAAAUAUGGAUUGCAAAUGGUAAGGCAAAACAGAGAAGUAAAGAGAUAAUGAAGUAAAAUAAAUCAACAAAAGAUAAGCUGAAGAGUUAAAUAAAUAAAUACAUACAUACAUUAA